AUGGCUCUUGUCGCAUAUGGUGGAGACUCGAGUGACGACGACGAAAACGCCGUUCACAAUGGACCCAAUCAGCCAUCGUCUCUGGUACCAAAAUCCAUGAAUGCUGCUCCAGCUGUUCAUAAAUCCAGUACGGAGUUGUCCUCAGUUAUAAAACCCAGCGUUGAUAAUACGAGUCUGACGCUGCAUACGACGAAUCACCAGCUUGAACAGCUGAGGAACGAGAAAAAUGUCUUGUAUCAGCCAAAUCAGCGGUACGACGUAGAACAGUCGAGCAGACCGACCAAGAAACGACGGAAUAUUCUCACUGGCCAUGCUGAAGAACAAGCAUUUAAUGAAGCCACGUUCAAAGUUCAACAUCGAACUUUUCAAAACCUCGGUUAUGCUUAUGACCCUAGUAUCGACGAUAAUGGUGUUUCUGGAGCCUCGCUGAUAGGAGAUCUGGAGAAAGCCCGUGUGAAUUUAGGCAGAGAUGCUUCGAUGUUUCGACCAGAUAAAGCUCAACAGAAACAAGUACGAAGCAAAAGAUCCAAGGGAGACCCAAGUGUUCUCGAUGGUGAUGACUCGUACAAGGGACCAUGGGCCAAGUUCAAAGAAGAGAGUACCUCGUCAGAUGAGUAUGAAGAUGAAGUCGACGAAGAAGACGAAGAAGAAGAUGCUGCUGCUGCUACUAAAACAAAUGAUAAGGCUGUUGAAGAUAGCGAAACAGCAGAAGCUAAAGAUACUGUAUCACCCUCAGAACCUACAACUGCUACAAGUACAAGUACAAGUGAAACAGGAGAGACGACACAGUUCCACGGAUCGACUGAGAGAGAUUAUCUCGGUAGAACAUAUAUGUUUGUGCCUCAGGAUCUUGAUAUCAAUCUUCGAAAAGAACCAGGACAAGAGGAAUGGUUCAUUCCCAAGAAGAAAAUACACACAUGGAGAGGACAUGCUGGAGGAGUCACUGGACUACGGUUCUUUCCACAAAGUGGACACCUCCUAUUAUCAGCAGGAAACGACAGUAAAAUUCGUCUUUGGGACGUUUAUCAUGACCGAGAGCUUCUAAGAUCAUACAGCGGACAUGCAAAGGCAGUAAAGGACAUUGAUUUCAGUCCAGAUGGAACGCAAUUCUUAAGUUGCUCAUACGACAGAACGAUUAAAUUAUGGGACACUGAGACUGGUACAUGUAUAUCCAGGUUUGGCCGUGGCAACAGUGUAGCCAAUAGUAUACGAUUCAACCCAAGACCUGAACACAGCCACGAGUUUGUGGCUGCCAUGGCCAAUAAAAAGAUUCUCCAGUUUGACAUUCGAACACAAGAAAUUGUACAAGAGUACGACCAUCAUUUAGAAGCAGUCAACACAAUUACAUUUGUCGACGAUAACCACCGGUUCAUGACCACGUCUGACGACAAGUCGAUCCGAGUAUGGGACUGGGGAGUCAAUGUGCCCAUCAAAUUCAUCUCCGACCCUCUCCAACACUCGAUGCCGUCUGUGAAGUUGCAUCCAAGUGGAAAACAUGUUGCUGCUCAAAGCAUGGACAACCGCAUUCUCGUGUUUGGCGCCACUGACCGGUUCAAAGCCAACCGUAAAAAAGAGUUCACUGGAUACAACAACCCCGGGUUCGCGACCGAGGUCAGUUUCUCGCCCGACGGCCGAUAUCUCAUGAGCGGCGACAGCGAAGGUUUCGCAUUCUUCUGGGACUGGAAAACCACGGCCGUCCGUCGCAAACUCAAAGUCCACAACUCGCUCGUGACAUGCAUCUCGGCCCAUCCCCAGGAAACGAGCAAAGUGGCCACUGCCGGCCUCGACUCGCCCAUCCAUUACUGGGACUAG